AAGAAGAAAAUCUCUCUGGAUGUUUAACACAUCCAGGACAGCUGACACUUCUAAAAAGGGACUUGGUUAUUUUCCCUUUGCCUUAAAAAAACAGAAAGAAUUAUGUGUGGCACUUCUUGGAAAAUCUAUUUAGGAAUCUGUUUACUUGUGCUGUUUGAAGGGGAUUUUCAAGCAUUUGCAGAUGUGGCCCAAUUACCUGCAGAAGACAUAGAGGCAAAGGAAGUUACACUAGAUGUACCACCUGAAGGCUGGCAAUCAAUUAGAAGCCAUCCCCAGUUUCUGGAUUCUAGGCAUCUUCUUGAUUUUAGAGAGUCUGAGAAAUUAAGCAGGCGCUUGUUAUUUCGAAGGAAGAGAUCAAUUUUCUUUCCUACUGGAGUUAAAAUAUGUCCAGAUGAAUCUAUGGAACAGGCGAUUGCCAACCAUUUGAAAUACUUCAAACUCAGAGUGUGUCAGGAGGCAGUAUGGGAAGUCUUCAAAACUUUCUGGGAUAGACUGCCAGGACAUGAAGAAUACCAGAAGUGGCUAAAUCUAUGUGAGGAGGGAACAAUGAGUAUAUUUCAGAUGGGCUCCAACUUCAGUCAGUCAGAGGAGCAUCAAAACCUUUUAAUGAAGAAACUGUCUUAUGCUAAAGAAGCAAUGGGUGGUUCCUGCAAUGAUUGGUCCUGUGGCCAAGCUGGUCCAGAGCUUCAUAUAUGCAGUUUUGGGAUGCCAACACCUUCUCCAGCUGGUGAUACUACCACAUUAAGAGAUGCAGCUGCCAAUGUUCCACCACCUGAUGUAGUGUCAGUUGAGAGUCCUUUAGAUGGGACCAUGGACAAGACUGAAGACUCCGAAAUCAAUAAUGAGAUAAAGCGAGAUGAUGACAAACUGGUGAAACCAUCACCUGAACAGAUGGUUGAGUUCAGCAUUCUUCUUCCUGAAGAGAAAUACACAGAGGAGCUGAGUGACCCCUUUACUGAAGAGUACCAGCAACUGUCUCUGCAAUUUAUUUCUGAAAUUCAAAAUGCAUAUGAAGGACUGCCUGGAUACAAGAAUGUCCAUGUAAAUGAAUUCAGGUCUUCUCAGGAUGACAGUGGUGUGGAGGUUCUGUACACAGUGGUUUUUGAUGGGGAAGCUAUCAGCAAUGCCACCUGGGAUCUCAUCAACCUUCAGUCCAACAAAGUGGAAGACAACUCCUUUUUAGAGAUCGAAGAUAACCCAACUGUUGUUUACACAGUCAGUGAUUUCAGACAUUAUAUUGUUGAAAUCCUUCAUAAGAAUACUUUACUGGAGAAUGCCUCAAUGAACUUGGAUCCUGACUCUCUCCAGCUCAUUAAUGUAAAAGAGGUGGAGUCUUCUGUAACUGAAAACCCAUCGCAAAUUACUACUAAGCCUAUUAUUUACGACCGUACUGUGGUAUCUGAGUGGCCCUCUGCAGAUGAAUCAACUGUAAGCAACAUCCUGCCACUUGAUUUCACCAGACCAGGUUUCAUCUAUGAUGCGGAGCAAUACAAUGACAAUGAAAUCUGGUUAAGACCAGAUGGUUCUCUAAACCCUGAGAGCAACUUCAGUUCAACACCAAAGGCUACUUUCCAUCCAAAAGCUGGCACCACCAUUUCCCCAGAUGAUCUGCUUUUUGUGGAUGAAAAACAGACAUUGCACUCUGUCACACCAUCAGCAUUAGAGACUGACUCCCCUGUCAACGUGGACAGCAUUUCUAAUUUGUCUUUGUCAGAAGAUGGGUUUGAGGAUGCUAAUGAGUCAGAAGGUUUGCUUUUGCCUUCAAGUUCUACCCAUCACAUUGUGCCAAAAGAAAUCUCACCCACAAGUGACUCUGUCGUUCCUUUAACCCCUAUACCACCGAUGGCCUCUCUACCAGCCAUAGAGCCUAGCACCGAUGAAGUGUUACCUACAAGUUUUGUAGAAGAAGAAACUCUACAACCUUAUAUAUAUGUAGAGGAGGACAAUAUUGAUGAUUAUGGUUCUGGUUCAGGACAAGAAUCACAAACAAAUAUAUGGCCUUGGUAUACACCUACACUGGAGACAGAUGGAUCGGGUAUGUAUGAUUAUAAGGAAACAAAUUUUAUAUUGGAUUCUUCAAAGGACUAUGCAUCUGAAGACCUACUAGAUGAAGUCAUCUCUCAGUCACCUUUUGAAAUAGAAGACAUCUCAAUAGAAAAUGUUCUUGCUACAUCUACUGAGAUGUAUAGCAUAGUACAGUUGGAGGACUCCAGGGAGGAUCUACAAAUCAUUUCUGAAAUAUCUGAAAUCCAAGACCAAAUAAUAACAGAGCAGUCACCAACAGACUCUCCUCCUAUAGCCAUUACAAUAAGACCACCAGAUAGUAGCUCUCCAAGAAUGGGACUCAAGAAACCAGAAAUAAUUUUAACAGCAAAACCUUCUGUGGACAGUCCAAUAACUGACAAUUUUAUGGUAGAACAGCAGAUCCCUGAUUCAACAGCUCAGGAAGCUUCUGGCUCAAUUGCUUUGAAACCUGUUAUUACUCCUCCAAGUGUUACUGAAAGUUUCACCCUUGAGCCUGCAGGUGAAUUCACAACUUCAGUAGUUUCAACUAGUUUUGAGGUUUCAACUAUGGCUCCUUAUUUAAUAGAAGUAAUAACUGGUUCUAAAGAUUUCACUGAAGAGUACAGUGCAACCCAUGUCACUAAUAUGCCUAGUAGCUUUGACAGUGGUAUAAGUUCUCCUGCAACUGUGACUGUAACAGAAUAUUCUGUCCAUGACUUCUCUGAUGUGCCUACCAUACAACCAACUAUAUUUCAGCCUACAUUUAUCUCUCCUAAAAUGGAUGAAGAUUUAUUCACAGAAGUACUGGAUGUUACAGAACAAAGCUCCAUAGAGACAACAUAUUAUCCCCCUGAAAUGAACCAAGAUGGAAGAAGUAUGACAGACAGUCAUAUGGAGUUGUCUACAAGUGUCCAUUCUACAGAAAUGGCCAGUGUAGCUGGGGCUACUCAUGACAAUCUCAGCAAUGUUACUGUCCCUGCUCGUGCUUUAGUGGUAUUCUUUAGCCUUCGAGUUACGAACAUGAUGUUUUCUGAGGACUUGUUUAAUAAAAAUUCCCCUGAAUAUAAAGCCCUGGAACAGAGAUUCUUAGAACUGCUUGUUCCCUAUCUACAGUCCAAUCUAACAGGCUUCCAGAAUCUGGAAAUUUUGAACUUUCGAAAUGGUAGUAUUGUGGUGAACAGCAGAAUGAAGUUUGCAAGACCUGUGCCUCGCAAUGUGACAAAUGCUGUGUACAUGAUUCUGGAAGAUUUUUGCAACACUGCCUACCAGACCAUGAACCUGGCUAUUGACAAGUACUCUCUUGAUGUGGAAUCAGGAGAACAAGCCGAUCCUUGCAAAUUCCAAGCAUGCAAUGAGUUUUCUGAAUGCCUGGUGAACCAAUGGAGUGGAGAAGCUGAAUGUGUCUGUUAUCCUGGGUAUCUAAGCAUUGAAGGAUUGCCUUGUAAUAGCAUUUGUGAUCUGCAACCUGACUUUUGUCAAAAUGAUGGUAAAUGUGACAUAAUCCCAGGGCAAGGGGCAAUAUGUAGAUGCCGUGUAGGUGAAAACUGGUGGUACAGAGGAGAGCACUGUGAAGAGUAUGUGUCAGAGCCACUUGUUGUGGGUAUUGCAAUUGCUUCAGUGGCUGGCUUCCUUCUUGUAGCAUCUGCAGUCAUUUUCUUCCUAGCUAGAACCCUUCGAGAUCAGUACUCGAAGAGUGAAAUUGAAGACUCCUUGGCGCAAGGAGACAGUCUUUCAUCCAUUGAAAAUGCAGUGAAAUAUAACCCAAUGUAUGAAAGUGAUGCUACUGGGCACAGCCAUUACUAUAGGAGAUAUCCCCAGCUUACUUCAUACAGCUCAACAAGCAAUGAAACAUCCACUGAGUACAGCAGUGAUGAGAUUAGACACAUUUAUGAACACAGUGAGCUAACUAAAGAGGAGAUUCAGGACAGGAUACGAAUUAUAGAACUUUACGCGAAAGAUCGGCAGUUUGCAGAGUUUGUAAGACAGCAUCAGAUGAGUUUGAAAGCUGUCAGAAACACAAAUCCUACAAGUUAGUCCUUCUUGAGUUCUACAAAUCCAACAAGGAAGUUGCUUUAAAAACUGGAUCCAGUAAAGUUGCAGGAGAUCAAGAUGGACAGUGUUGCCACAAAGAGGAUGUGCUGAUCUUGCUGCAAAGUUACUUAGAAUCUUUCAGUGAAGUGUGUGGAUCUUAACUGCUCUUGAAUGGAUUCACUUUCCUCUGAAUGGAGAACUCUGCAUGGCUGUGUAACACAGGAUUUUAUGAAUGCUUCCAAACAUCAUGAAAUACAACCAGGAUCUUGAAAAAAAUCAUUGAAGUCAGUUUCAAUUCAAUUCAAGGACUUUUUUUUUUUAAUUAAAUGGGAAAUGGAGUGCUCUGCAACUUUUUUCCCCUGUCCCAUGAAUGGGUUUUCACCCUUCUUUUUUAUUUAUAUAUAAAUAAUUAAAAAAGAGAGAAAGAACUGAUAUCUGAUGUUCCCUACUUUGGAAGACUGUUUUUUCUGUUUAAAAAUUGUUGGUAGGGAUAUAAAUACUGGAUUGCAUGUGACAAGUUUAUAGAAUUGUUUCCUGUGCAAACUGAUAUUCUUAAAGGAAAAGAUUUGGUCCAUUAGUAAGCAAAAAUAAAAUUAGUUAUAUAGAUGUUUUGUUAUAUAGAUGUUUUUUGUGUGUAGCAGAUUUAACUCCCCCUAAUAAAAUUAUAUAAAUUUCCCAACAUAAAAUCUUUUACUAGAAACAUGCUAAGACUGGAAUCCUAUGCCCAGUUACGCACUGGGCAUUGAAUCAAUCAGACUUCCUUCUGAGUGCACACACAUCCAUUACUUCCACUGUAGAAGGGGAAUUUCUUUAUGCCAUUUUCUUCACAUUUUCUGUACAUUUGCUCCUGUUGCCUUUCAUUCUAUACAUAAGCUUGAGAAAUUGGACCAAACCAUCUAGAACAUCAUCCUCUUCACCAAAAGAAAUAGAAUGAGAAGGAAUGAUAUGUACAGUUUUGUACAUAUGUCACAGAGAUGGAUGUCUGGAGGCAAGAAAGGCUGAAUAUACCAGAAUUAAUUUUAACAGCUUUUCUCUUUAGCAAGAUUUUGACUUGUGAGAAGUUCAAUUAAAGACACAGGAGUUAAAAAUUAGGUAUUAAGUUAGUGUAUUGAUUGUAUAUUUUGAUUUCUUUCUCAAUAACUGGCUUUUUCACAAUAAUUUUGUAUAUGUCAUAAUUAAAGACAGGGCUGGGUUAAAAAAGUUCACCAGACAGGUGUUAUUCAACUUCUUAAUUCUUUGGAGCUGUUAUGUCCUGCCCCUUUGUGAGUGAAAUGGUUUUGAAAUGAAUGUAAUAAAAACCACAUACUAUUUCUGGAUAGCAAAUAUUAUGGAAUUACUAUUAUGGACCUUUAUGGUUUAGAGAACCACAAAAUGUUAUUAUGUAUAACCCACAGAAAAUUCAUUGGCUAUACAAGGUGAUACAUAAACUUACCAUAUGAAGUCACGUACACAGACUUUUUGUUUUGUUAAUUACUGAUAUAAAGUAGAUGGCACCACAAUAUGAUGCCAUUUAGCAUGAAGGGGUGGGGAGAAGGGUUUGUGCUAAAAGUUGUGGUGGUUCAAAUUUAUUUAUUCCUUUUUAAAUAGUACUGUAAUUCCCAGUAGUUAUGAUCCUUGUUCAGGAAUCAAGGCACAUUCAAAGCUUUUACUCAAACCAAAAUGGGUGGUUCCCUCCCCACUCUGAAAUAGUUUCUGUUUUGUGGUUACUGUUUUGUAAUUCCAUGUAUACAAUACCAUCCCACAGCCUUAAAAUUCUUCUAAGCUCUUUGCAAGUCUGGGCUUCACAAAGCCAUUGUAUUGCAUCUUAAUAAGAGACGAAUUCCUGAAAACAGAGGAAUUAUUGAACAACAAAUGGAAGGACGAAUACUCUAGCAUUCUUAUAGAAAUUUGCAGCUGGAGGUUAAUCCUAGGGCAGCAUUCUCUAACUAGCACCUCCUAAAGUGAGUUGGACUACAGCUUUCAUCAACCUCAGCCAACACCACCAAUGGCUAUGCUAGCAAGUAAUGGUGGGUGUUUUAAUCCAGCACAUCUGGGCAUCACUAGAUUGGGGAACCCUGUCCUAGGAUAUGAUUCUGAAAUGUAUGACUGUGCAAAAAUGGUGCAUGAGGAAUAACUACUCACAUCUUAAUGUUUUUUGCUUGCCUUCGUACUCUACCAAAAAUCUGCCAUUUAGGGCUUGUCUGCACUGUUGCUUUGCUGCACAUGAAUCUUCAAUUGGGGUGAAUUUGAAGUGCCUUUUCCCUGCACAACUGGAGUUCAGGCACUGAGCAAUCUUACUUAAAAAUCAUCCCAAUUUAAGGAGGCACGAGAGAGCAUCACAUCAGUAUUUAGCUCAGUAAAACACUGCAGUAAAGGGUCUCAUAAAUGGGGGAAAACAAAUGUACACUUUGGUUUAAUUAGUAGCUUUUCAAUAUGGCUUGUCCACAUCAUGCUAUUGUUAUUCAGUUGCCAUGUUUAUGAUUCUUUUAAUUUAUUUAUAGUUCUUGGUUUGUUUUUAGAAAUAGGGCAUCCCAUCUCUCUCACACACAUACAUUUGCAUUCUAGCCUUUGUAUUUCAUGGUGCAGCUCAGUUAUCCUAUCAUAAACUAGCAGAGAGGGAAAAGGAAAAAAAAUCAUGAUAUACAGAAAAGCAGGCCCUACUAAAUGUGCUGAAAGCAAUGCAAACUAAAACUGCAGAACAUGUAAGCUGGUAUAUUUUGCAGUGCAGAUACAGCUUCAGUUAUACCAAGAGAUGUAAUUAUAGAUAGAGACUGACCAGUCUCAGCUGUAAUAGAAGACUUAAAGCCUGUAAACAGACCUGUAUUUAACGUAAUGUCUGGGAGACCUUUUUUUACAGCAUAGGUCAAAUCCCUGUCAUGUGACCUAAUGCAUCUUUCUCAACAACAGUUUCCGACUUCCUGACUGCUAGCCUUGAACAGAUUCUGGUCAUACUGAAAAUUAAUAUUUCAAUGUGUAUGAAUGAAAUAUUUUUUCUAUGUAUAUAAUAUCUGCUUAU